AGUACUUCCCGUGCACCUCAAGGUCAUUGAGGAAACGUUCACAUGUGUGAAGUCUGUAGAGCACCGGCUAAACAGUAGCUAUAGCUUCGUAUAUUACACGUUAUUUAUUUAUAUAAAUUUAACUGAAAAAGAUGGAUAGUUUUGGGUCAGAUUUUUCCUCCGGAUCAGGAUCUGGGAAGAUGGACACGGGCGCCAUUAUGGAGCAGGUGAAGGUGCAGAUAGCGGUGGCUAACGCUCAGGAGCUGCUGCAGAGGAUGACAGAUAAAUGCUUUAAGAAGUGCAUCGGCAAACCGGGCAACUCACUGGACAAUUCAGAACAGAAAUGCAUUGCCAUGUGCAUGGACCGGUAUAUGGACGCCUGGAACACAGUUUCUCGUGCCUACAACUCGAGACUUCAGCGGGAACGAGCGCGUAUGUGAUGUAUGCGUUCCAGCUUGUUCUGCCUCGCCAUGACUCGUAUCCCUGGAUAAAGAGGCUUUGGGCUGAAAACGCAAUAACCUGACGGCUGAAAGCUAUCAGAGGAACGAAUAGGCCAUAAGUUUUAGACUUGGAACAUCUUUCAGGACAUUUUUCUUCAUUCUGUUAAUGAUUGGUGGACAUUUUGCUUGAUUUUAUAGAAUCACUAUAAUAAGCUUCAAACCAUAAAAUGUUGUAAGUCUAGAAAUGGAAUGAAUCGAGUUUGAUUAAUGUUUAAAAUCCUGUUGUAAGCGUGUGAUCAUGUUUAGACAGUGCUGUUUUUUGAUUGGUCGUGACUGUGUGGAUUGUUAGUCAGAUCAAGCCUGUGUGCACAGUGGCACUUCUUUAGUUGGACUUGUCCUCGUGUGGACGCUACACUCUCCCGCCGGGAUCAGAGUCGUCUCGUCUUCCCAUCCGCCGCUCCACAAACCUACUUCCUUUCACCACGGACAAUUCAGGACCGUCUCUCUUUUCAUAACUAUAGCCUCUUCACGAGGACGUGCCACGCAGCCCUACUUUCUUACCUGCACUGAAACAAAAUGCAAUUGUCACAGGCAGAUUCUAGUUUGUCACACAAUCUCCUGACUACAAAAGUGGGUUUGUUUAAACACUGAUCACUUCACCAUGGAUCCUGCAAUAAAAGCAGCUUACAUUG